AUGUCAACGGAGAGACGUGCUUCGUCGAAUCCAAUGACCAACGAAGAGAACGCUAUGUUCCUUGACAUAUUACAAGAAGCACCUUUAUUCGGUCACAGGAAAUCUAGAAGCCUUGUUGGAAGUUACCUCUAUAUGAUUCUAUUGGCAGGCUAUGCUGUUUUAGCUGCAGGAGCUCCUUGGAUAUUUCAUCAACUCCACCAUUUGACACCUUCUUUGCUCUGCUGCUGUGAUGUUGCGCUUUUGAUUCUCACUGGUAUCUUUCAGCAGUAUUUUGUUUUUCAAGUCCAGAAAAUACGUAUUCAGGGUUAUUACAGUUUCAGUCAGAAGUUGAAGCAUGUUGUUCGUCUUCCAUUUGCAAUUGCUUCAUAUGGGACCGCUGCGAUGCUUCUUGUGAUAGUAUGGGAUCCCCAAAUCAGCAUUCUUUCUACUUCUGCUUUACAACGGAUCAUCAUGAUUGCUGAAUCAGUGUGUGCUGGCUUCUUCAUGAGUUUGUAUAUAGGUUAUGUGCAUCAAUACAAUUCCGUUAAUUCCAGGCCAGAUGUCUUGAAGUCGUUAUACUCUCCUCUUCAACCGUCAAGUACUAUGGACGGCUUGAGGUAUUAUGAAGGUCGACUUUCUGAUCAACAAACGGCUUUGUUACAGUAUCAGCGCGAAAACCUCCAUUUUCUAAGCGAGGAGAUUCUGUCUUUGCAAGAGAAACUAAGCAAAUAUGAACAAUCUGAUGAUGGAAGCACCCCUCAGGUUGAUCUGGCACAUCUUUUAGCUGCUCGAGAUCAGGAGUUGAGGACACUUUCAGCUGAGAUGAACCAACUUCAGUCUGAGCUACGGCUUGCUCGUUCUUUGAUAGCAGAGAGGGAUGCAGAGGUGCAGCGUGUCAACAAUACCAACAGUCAGUAUGUUGAAGAAAACGAAAGGCUGAGGGCGAUAUUGAGUGAGUGGAGCAUGCGGGCAGCAAAUCUUGAGAGAGCUUUGGAAGUGGAGCGUAUGUCUAACUCGGAACUACAGAAGGAAGUCGCAGGUGGGCGUAGAAAGCAGAUGGUAGAGACAUCUGAGCAAUCUCCAUUCAUGGAGCCACCACCGAGUUCGCGACCGGAGGAACCUCCGUCAUGGGACGAGCUUUACAAAAUCAACCUAAUGCCAUCGGAGCUUUUUGUCAAGUUCCGAAAAGAGCUCCAAGGCCUCCGCGUCGGCGUCAAUCUCGAGUUGUAUAACGAACCCACGAAUGAUUACCACGCAAAGCUUGUUUUGAAGCCAUUAUCCCCAGAAAGGAAGUGGAAAUUUAUUUAUGAGCCUUUACACCAAGAAGUUCGUCUUCUUUCAAAGAAGAUUCCUCUCACCCGAUUUCUCAACCUCCAGGUUGGUGUUGGGCAUAACUUUCAAAUGAACGCAAUGGGUUGGAAGUGGAAGCUUACCUCUUGUUUGGGUGGUGAUGGUGUGUCUCGGAUCCGAAACAAAACCACUCUUGGUUUGACUCCUGGUGUCGAUUUCCGGUUUGGUUGGAGAGCUGAUUUUGUACUCCCUGAAGUUACUGGGGCUCUUGGUACGGAAGAACCGUUAUUCAACAUGAGCUCGGGGCGUUUAGAGGCAUCACUGGAUAGAGUAGAAGCCAUUUUAACACAUUCUGAAUAUCUUUAA